UUUUUUUUUUAUCUCAAAUAAGCUUCUGACAAAUUAGUUGGGACAUAGAAAAAAUCAGACAGAACGGGAACGGCCAAGACAAUACCCAAAAACUGGAGAAGUAGUUAAAUUUUCAGUUAUUACAGUUUGAAUAAGUUAUAGUUGGAAUUGUCUGAACAUUCUUGUCUGAACAAUCUAGUGUUUAAGUUGUGCUCAUACUUUUUAUAGAACAAACUGGUUGAUAUCAUUGAAGAGUUAUCACCAGUUGUAAUCUGCUCAUUUUCCACCAUUCAUUAAAUUUCUAUCGUAUUCAAUUAAUAAUCCCCCUCCCUCCACCCCAAUAGGUAUAACCAACUAAUUAUCAUGGUUAAAAGAGAAAUUAAUGACGAGAGCACAAUUCCGUCCAACUCCGAUGUCUCGAUAACUCCAACAACUUUAUCAGAUACGACCUUAUUUUCAUCAGCCAAUAUUCAUAAUUAUCCUCCAGUUUCAUCAAUAGAUUCGACUUCAAUGUCAAAGGAUGGUUCAAGUAGUAUAUCUUCAAUAUCUCAAUUUCCUCCAACUCCAAAUGUUAAUAGUUCAACAUUAGCCGAAAAUAAAAGGAGAAGAGUUACCAGAGCUUGUGAUAAUUGUCGACAAAAGAAAGUUAAAUGUGAUGGUAAACAACCUUGUAUUCAUUGUACUGUUUAUUCAUUUAAAUGUACUUAUGAUCAACCAAAUAUAAGAAAUAAAAAGAAUAGUGGUAUACCAAUUCCUGCUCAACCAUCAGCAACAGUAUUAGCAGCUGCAGCAGCUGCAGCAGCAGCUUCAAAUUCAACUUUAUCAAGUGAUAUGUUUCCUAAUAGAAAUUUAAUUGCUUGUCAAAAUAUUAUAAAUACUCUUUUACCAAAAUUAAAAUUAAAUGUUUUUGAUUUAAAUUUUAAUUUUGAUGUUGAAAGAUUUCAAAGAGCUCAUCAAUAUGUAGAUUCUAAACAUGGAACUCAAUCAUUAAAUGAAAUUUCUGAAUUAUAUUUAGAACCAACUUCAAUGCUGUCACCAAUUGCAAUUAAUUCUCAUGAUCGACAAUCAUCAGUUCUGUCAAAUGAUGAUUUAUCACUUGGAAAAGAAAUUAAAUUAUAUUUACCAAGUAAAGAAAUUGCCUUACAAUUAAUUUAUACAACUUGGAAUAAAGCUUGUGUAUUAUUCAGGUUUUAUCAUCGUCCUCUGUUAUUAGAAGAAGUUGAUUUAUUAUAUUCUCUUGAUCCUUAUAAUUAUGGUGAUAGACAACAAAAAUUCUUACCAUUUUUAUAUUCAAUUUUAGCUUGUGGAUCAUUAUUCUCUAAAACAAAUGAUAAUAGUUCACCAAGUCAUAAUGAAAAUUUAGAAGAUGAAGGAUUUAAAUAUUUCUUAGAGGCAAGAAAAUUAAUUGAUAUAAGUAAUGUAGGAGAUAUUAAUUCAAUUCAAACAAUUGUUAUGAUGAUUAUGUAUUUACAAUGUUCAGCAAGAUUAUCAACUUGUUAUUCAUAUAUUGGUAUAGCACUUAGAAGUGCAUUAAAGGAAGGUUUACAUCGUAAUUUACUGAUAUUUCAAAAUUCAAGACGUAAAUUAGAUCCAAUUGAAGUUGAUACAAGAAAGAGAUUAUUUUAUACAAUUUAUAAAAUGGAUAUUUAUAUUAAUUCUUUAUUAGGAUUACCAAGAUCACUUAAUGAAGAUGAAUUUGAUCAAGAAUUACCAACAGAAUUAGAUGAUGAAAAUAUUACAAGAAAUGAAUAUCUUCUGGAUAAACAAGAAGGACGUUUAAGUUCUUCAGGAUGCGCAAAUCAACAUACAAAAUUAAUGUUAAUUUUAUCUCAUAUAGUUAAGAAAUUAUAUCCAAUUAAAGUUAAACAAAAUAAUACUCCAUUAUUAACUACUGAUAGUAUUCAUGUUAAAGUUACUGAACUUGAACUUGAAUUAAAAACUUGGUUAGAUAAUUUACCAGCAGAAUUAAAACCUACUGAUCCAAAUGAUUAUAAUGUAGGUAAUAAUAUUCCCGAAAGAUAUUUAUUGGCUAAUUAUUAUUUACAUCUUGCCUUUUUAAAUUGUCAAAUUAUGCUUUAUCGUCCAUUUAUACAUUUUAUUAGUGAUGGAGGAGGAGUUCAAACUAAUAGUCAAAAUUCUGAUCCAAGAUCAUUAAUUAGAGGUAGAAAUUGUAUUAAAGUUGCUCGUUUAGUAGUUAAAUUAGCCGAUAAAAUGAUUGCAAAAAAUCUUUUGGUUGGAACUUAUUGGUUUUCAAUGUAUACUAUAUUUUUUUCAAUUGCAUGUUUAAUUUAUUAUUUCCAUUUUGCUAAUUAUCAUAAUAAUAAUCCUAAUAAUCCAAAUUUUCAAAGUGGAGCUAAUUAUGUUGGAGUACUAUUUGAUGAUGAUUUAAAUAUUGAUAUGAUUAAAAAAGAUAUUGAAGUAGGUAGAAGAUUAUUAGAUCAUUUAAAGAAUAGUUCUAGUGCAUCUACUAGAAUUUAUAAUAUUUUAAAUACAUUAUUUGAACAAUUAAAUAGAAGAACAGCUAAUUCUUCAAGAUUUAGAACUAAUAUAUUAAGUCAAUCACCAUCAAGUGCAACUCCAGGAAAAUCAGAAUCAACUCCUGGUAAUGCAGCUAUUAAAAGUACCUUUGUUAAUUUUGAUAAAAUUAAUAAAUUUGAUACAAAUAAUAAACCACCAACGGCGCAAGACUUUGGAGCUUAUGCUCGAGAUAAAAAUCAAUCAUUAGGACAAUUAUUUACUGAUGCAAGUUUAGCAACUUUUGAAGCAAGUUCACUUGCUAAUAAGACUUCACAAGGUAGGAAAGGAUCAGGUAGUGGGAUUUCAUUUCUUAAGACUGAAACUCCUGAACAAACAGCUGAACUUAUUGGGAAUACAUCAUCUGAAAGUCAAUCAUUACCAUUAAUUGAUGAUGAACAACAACAAACUGGUCAAAAUGCUACAUCUAAUAAUCGAGAUGAUUUUAAAAGUAAUUAUAUGCCAGGACCAUUUGAUAAAUUAGAUGCACAAAUAUUUGGAAGAAUUCUUCCACCUUAUAUGUUAGAAAAGAAUGCCGAAAGAUCAUCAUCCACUUCAGGAGGAGGAGGAGGGGUUACAACAACUCAAGUAUCUGAUUCAAAUGUUUCAACUAAUCCACCUCAAAUUCCUGGACCUUUAGGUGAACCAGCAGGUCAAUUAUCUAAUUUGAAUCUUGAUUCAUUUGAUUUCUCUAGUUUAGGUGAUCCUAAUAAUUUAGAUUUUUUAGACCCUUACAGCUCAGUUUACAGUGAUUUCAAAGGUUAAAUUCCUUUGUAUAUUUAUUAAUGUAAUUUUACAAUGUCUAACUAGCUACGAAUCAUGUCUCUAUAUGUACUGUG